AUCCUGGGAUACAGACACAUCUGUCAGGAACCUAAUAAAAAUCCAAAAAUACAUAUUUUGUUUUCCAUAGGUGGGCAGUCAGUGCCCCAGGACCCCUCGCCCACUUCCACCUGCCCUCCAGGGCCACCCGGGCCUCCGGCUGGUUCCAACGGCAGCAGCGACAUCAUGGUGAACUUUGACCCUGACCCGGCAGACCUGGCACUGUCCAGCGUGCCGGGGCAGGAGGCGUUUGACCCACGGCGGCAUCGCUUCUCGGAGGACGAGCUGAAGCCUCAGCCGAUGAUCAAAAAGGCUCGCAAGAUGCUGGUCCCAGACGAACAGAAGGACGAGAAGUACUGGAGCAGGCGUUUGAAAAACAACGAGGCGGCCAAGCGCUCGCGAGACGCACGGCGGCUGAAGGAGAACCAGAUCUCGGUGCGCGCCGCCUUCCUGGAGCGGGAGAACGCCGCCCUCCGGCAGGAAGUGGCCGACAUGAGGAAGGAGCUCGGCCGCUGCAGGAACAUCAUCAACAAGUACGAGAGUCGGCACGGAGACUUGUGAAGGCGGAGGAGGACGACGAAAGAGGGGAAGGAUCUGGAGAGGAAGACGAGAUGAGAGAAGGGUACGACCCAACGACAGCAGCACUUUAGUUGAAGUGGCGAGGGGGCAAAGCCGGAGUAGAUCUGCAGUAAGCGCUGUGUGACACCAGGCGCAAACAUGGCCAGUUUGGUCGAGUUUUAGCAGGAUGCCAUGACUGAAAAGUGCAGCGAUGCCACUUUCCCCCAGCUUGACUCUUCGUAUUUGCUGUUUCACUGAAUCCACACUCUCUACUGUACGGUCACACCGCAUCCGUCCCCUCCGACGCUGUGCUUGCGCCCGGUGUUGCACUGCGUUUUUUGCAGGUAGUGCAUUCUGACCUGCUGCUCUGGCCAGUUCAAACAGGGUGUUGAGUUCACAGUAUGCCAGUGAAAUGUCACUUUUUAAGCUCAAGGCAUGGACACAAGCCAGGAGAGAUCAGAAGUGUAAUUGUUUUAUGGGGUUUUUCUAUAACUAGUACAAAAAUCUUAUAUUUUUGAACUGGGCAGGAAGGUAGAACUAGUCCAGCAAAAUGGUGGGGGAGGAGGAGGAGGAGAAAGAAGUCAUGCAGGGUUUUCGUCCAGAACGCAAAGAGAUUUUGACAAAUAAUUACUGUAUAUUUUUCUAUUAGCAGAGAUAUUAAGGAGGAUGAUUUUAGAGACAAUCUUUUGUACAUUUUAUAUAUUGGGGAAGGGGCGGGGAUUUCAGCUGGACAGUCAUGGGGCCACAUAUAACUCUUUUCCUCUCAGCUGAUUAUUGCUAGUAAACAAAAAGAUCUAUUUUCAAUGUUACGGAGCGGGUUAGUCAGAGGAAGAUGUGUAACAGAGAAUGUAUCAUGGUUGAAUCAGGUAUUUCACACAGACAAGGCGAGGUAACUCAGUAAUGAU